GCGCGCGAGACACGGAGGAGCGGAACCGGAGGAAAAGGAGGAUAAAGUUUAUUCAGGCUCGGAGGGGGAAAUGAUGAACUGACUCACGUCUCUCUGUGUGUGUGUGUGUGUGUGUGUGAGAAAGAGAGAUCUAAACCACCAAAGGCGCCUUUCUGCAACACCAGGACAUUUUUAUUUAUUUUUAUUUUUUGUAAACCAAAAAUCUUUUUUUUUUUUUUUUUCCUCUGGAGGACUAAGAAAUAACACUGGACUUUUCAUCCAGGACUUUUUUUUUUUUUUUUGCGCCAUAUAAUUCCCCAACAGUGGGUACUAUUCAAUUUAAUAUUUAUAUAUUUUAAAAGAAAAAAAAUAUUUAUAUAAUGUGGAUUUUAAAUCUCUGCUUAUUUAUAGUGCAGCUUAUUUAUGGAGAUUUAGGAUGUAAUUAAGAUUAAGCCUUUAUAAAAAAAGAUAUUAAUUAUAUGCAAUUUUAUAGUUAUACUACACUAUCUGUAAACUGAUAAAGCUUUCUGCAAUACAAUUUCUUUUUUUCUUUUUUUUUUUUACAAACAUGUGCCCUCAGAGAGCUGAUAUUAUUGACUAUUUUUGUAAAUAUACCUUAAAACUAAUAUCGCAUAAUAAUCAUCCCCGUGACCGGACAGUCAUCAGGUCUCGCUUCUAAGCCAUUUUCUUUUUUAUUUCUUUUUUCUCCCUGAAUGAAUGGAAAAUUAGCUCAAUCAACAACAGCAACAACAAAGUGGAUACUUCGGCUAUAAACAAACUGCUGCGAUCUGUAUCUUGGGAGUAUUUUUAGGCAUGUGAGUGAGGAGAAUGGACUUACAGGGAGUAGUGGAGAAGAGAGAGAGAAAGGAAUGUAAACUUUCCAGGAUAUAUGAACGCGACAGCGGGACCAUGAUCUCCGUGUGGCUCGAUUUCAUCCGUGUGUAUGCGCAGACUUGACGUCGCAGAUUCCAAUACCGGUUCUCGAAGAGACUUUGGUGAAAGGACUAGAACGGAUCGCUCUGAGCGAAGAGAAGAUAUACGACAAUCAUGGCGAACCCGGGGACUUUAGGAAUGGACCUGAACAUCAGCAGCACCACGGCAUUUUUUACACCGACCUCCAACCAAAGCAUGAAAUCGGCUCCGUAUUCUCCAGAAGCGACAGCAGCCUUCGCCACAGCGAUUACUGUCAUGAUUCUCUUCACCAUCGUGGGAAACAUAUUAGUCAUCAUCGCUGUUUUGACAAGUCGUUCUCUGAGAGGGGCGCAGAAUCUCUUCCUGGUGUCGUUGGCUGCGGCGGACAUCCUGGUGGCCACGCUGAUCAUCCCAUUCUCGCUGGCCAACGAGCUGAUGGGCUACUGGUACUUCCGCUCGGUGUGGUGCGAGAUCUACCUGGCGCUGGACGUGCUCUUCUGCACGUCCUCCAUCGUCCACCUGUGCGCCAUCAGCUUGGACCGCUACUUGUCCAUAUCGCGUGCUGUGACGUACGGGGCGCAGAGGACACCGCGCCGCAUCAAAUGCGCCAUCCUUGUCGUUUGGCUCAUCUCCGCUGUCAUUUCUUUCCCACCGCUCCUCUCCAUGAACAAGAACCAGGGGAACUCCAGCUCCUCUGACGGUCCCCAGUGCCAGCUGAACGACGAACGCUGGUACAUUCUCUACUCCACCAUCGGCUCCUUCUUCGCCCCCUGCCUCAUCAUGAUCCUCGUCUACAUGCGCAUUUAUCAGAUCGCCAAGCAGCGCACAAGAUGCCCACCAGGAGAGCCGAGGAAGGAGAUUCCCGCAACUCCGAAAGACCGAGCUCUCCAAAACGGACGGAGAGACGACACGAACACGCCAUGUACACCCCAGAGAAAUCCGACCACUCCAAGGCCGCCCACUCUCAUCGUGCCUCAAGCCGAGGGCAGAAACCUUUCAGCGAGCACGAACACUUUGAAUCCACCUCUUUCUCCCUCUAAAGAGAUGACUCCCAGCACUCCUACACCUCCCCCAAUCCAAUCUACUUGCCUUUCAGCUCCCAUCACCUCCACACACAAGCAUGGCAAAGCCCACAACAAACCCAAACAGGCCAAAAAGGAGAGGAGGAAUGAAAAGAAGCCUGACAACAACAACGGUGAGAGCUCAAGCUCCGAUUCAGACACGGAGCACGGCGGGGUGGGUGUUGAGAUUCCCGUGACUCCGGGUGCUGAUCUCGACCCAGGUAUUCACUCGCCAGCCACCGUUCAGAAAUACAGAGACAUGAUCACUACAGCCAAGGGUACGAAGUUGGCUUCGGGGAAGCUCAAGCCGGACGGGACGCCUAAUUCGGCUCGACGCAAGGCCAUGGUGAACCGAGAGAAGCGCUUCACCUUCGUCCUGGCGGUGGUGAUCGGCGUGUUUGUCGUCUGUUGGUUCCCUUUCUUCUUCUCCUACAGCCUUCAGGCUAUUUGUCCAGACACGUGCAAGCUCCCCAAGCCCGUCUUCACGUUCUUCUUCUGGAUCGGCUACUGCAACAGCUCCCUCAACCCCGUCAUCUACACCAUUUUUAACAAGGACUUCCGCCGAGCCUUCAAAAAGAUCCUCUGCAAAAACACCAAGGGUACAUUCUUUUAAUGAGCAUCUGACCGGGGGGGAAAAAAAACAAACACUUUAAAAUAGAGAAAAAGCACAACUUCUUUGUAAGAAUGUAAAUAAGAGGUUCUUUGUAUAGCUGCGCAUUGAUGAAGCACAUUAUAAUCUUUUUUGAUAAAUAUUCGUCGACAGAGUCAGACUGUGAAUUCUUGCAGGUUUACAAUAUUUCCAUUUCUAACGCUACAAAUGCACAAUGGACGGCAGAGGGUGAACAUGAUUUCAUCAAAGACAAAAAAAAAGAAAAGAAAAUCAGAUUGUACACCUGUGAGUAAAAACAAUGGGAGCACGGCGUAAUAGUGUUUCCCCUUCUUCGCCUUUCUAAGAUUACCUGCCCUCAGGGAAAGUGUGUGCAUGAGUUUCAAUCCAACUAGUCUUAUCUGAUCUGCGCAUUACCUGCUCAUAUACUCGAUUCAACCCAGACAACAGAUUCCCCUCCCCGAAGACUGACAAGCUUUAAUCCUGCAGAGAGAAAAAAAAAAAAAAACAGAAAA